AUGCGGGAGGCGAAGCUGGAACCCACUGUCGUCACCUGCAGCGCGGGAAUCAGCGCGUGCGAGAAGGGCGCGCAGUGGCAGCGGGCUCUGGCCCUGCUCGGCGAGAUGUGGGAUGCGAAGCUGGAGCCCGACGACAUCUCGUACUGCGCAGCUAUCAGCGCGUGCGAGAAAGCCGAGCGGUGGAGCGAGGCCCUGGGGCUUUUCCACGAGAUGUCGGAGCGGGGGCUUUCGCCGGACGCGAUAGCGUGCAGCGCGGUGCUCCUGGCCCUGGAGAGGGGCGAGGCGGGCAUCCGCAUGAGGCGGCUGCUCCGGGUCCCCCCGCCAGGCGCAGACCCCGCCCGCACCGGAGGCGCCCCGGCGAGCUCCCCCUCGCGGGGCCCUCGAGGCGCUGGCGGGCUGCACCUCUGCAUCUUCCAGGGCGGCGCGCAGGGCGUCGGCGGCUGGGCCCUGAGCGGCGGCAGCAAGCAGAACCGCUGGGAUGUGGUGCUGGACGGGCUGCUCCAGUGCGUCAUGAUGGACGGCGAGUGGCCCCAGGAGGUGCGCGCCUCCGCCUUCGUGGGCCCCGACUGCGUCCACCUCAGCGGCCGCGUGCAGGAGUGGGCCAUGCCCGCGGUCGGCCGCCGCCACAGCGGGGCCGCCGCCUUCCAGCCCGUCACGCUCCAAUCCUGGGAGGACGCGCUCUGGUGGUCGCGGGGAAGGGCGGGCCUUCCCGGCCUCGAGUGGAGCCUGGCCCAGGCGGCGCCAGGGUCGCUGGAGGCGUCGCGCGGGCAGCAGCUCGAACGCUUGAGAGCGGAGCUGGCGCGCAUGCCGGAGGCCGCGGCGGUGCUCGCCUUCACGCCGGCGCGGCCAGACGUGACCUACGACCAGCUCAGGGAGCUGGGCUCAGGGCGUAGCCCGCGCCCUGGCCACGUGUACGUGCUGAUGGGAGGCGCGCACGGCUUCGACGACGACGACGACCGCGACGGUGCCUUCGCGGCCAAGGUUCUGGAGGCCUUCUCGGCGCGCUUCGGCGACGGCCGCGUCGUCCGCGUCAGUCUCGGGGCAGGGGAGACCUCCAGAGAUGGGCCAGAACCCAAGUUCACGCUAGCGAGCGUGGCAAGCUUUGUGAGCGCUGAGCACACGCGCGGAGCAUUGCGGCAGGCAGUUGCGGGCGUUGAGGUGCACUGCCAGAACACACGAGCACACGAGGCUGCGUCGCCCAGCAUGCUCACGUAA